AUGUCGUCCGCCUGCAGCAUCACCACCGCCGAAGAGAAGGAAGCCGCGCAACCAACUCCAACAUCACAACCACUGAACCUCGACAAAAUGAACUUCCAAUCACAAUCCCCCUUCCACAACCUCCCUCCGGAGAUCAGAAACCGCAUCACGAUCCUCAUCUGCGAAUCCACAACCCUCCUCUACAAUCAUCCCUCUCGCUUGUUCAACCCAACAGACUCCCGCGCACGCCUCCCAGAAGGAAAUCCCCCACCCAACUCCAACCAGAAGAAACCCCGCGCGCCAGCCUACUUACUGACAUGUAAGAAAACAUACACGGAAUCCCACCAACUCCUCUACGCCAUGGCGAAAUUCCAAUUCGCUUUCCCCUCGGAUUUGAAAGUCUGGGCCAAAAUCAUACCUUUUGAUUUGCAAAGAUUGGUCACGAGACUCGAAUUGUUGCAUGAUCGGAGUAUGGCACCGGAUGCGGUGCAGAAGUGGAAAGAUUUUAUUGAGGGGGAGACGGGGCUUGGGGUUGAGGUGCCGCUUUAUAAGGUCAGUUCUAUUUGGAUGGUUAUGGGGCCGGUUGAGGGGGAGAGGGAUAGCAUUGUUCCUUUGGCGGAGGAAGGGGAUUAG